UUCUGUGGGUUUGAGCGCUUGCGUGGACAGCACAUGACACAAUGGCGGGGAUAAAGCUCAAGUUCAAUGAUUAAUGUUAACGAUUACAGCAGCUCUUUAAGAAACAGACCCGAGUUGAAGUUCACCGAGGUUUCACACUUGGAGCUUAAAUUUCCGGAUCCUUCUCGCAUGUGAGGCUCGUGCUCUGCAAGUCACUAUGGCAUUGAUAAGGAUGUUGAGCAGACUGAGAGGAUAUGUGCACUUGGAGCAAGGUUUGAGAGCCAGUUCUCAGAGCAAGAGAUUACAGCACACUGCCACCCAUUCAUCUUCAUGCAACUAUCAGCUUCUGCCUGACUGCCUGGAGCUCCACUAUGGUGGUCUUGUAAUGCACUUUGACUAUGUGUGGCUGCGAGAUCACUGUCGCUCGGCUUCAUGCUACAACUCAAAAACACACCAGCGAAACCUGGACACUGCCAGCAUUGAUCUGAACAUCAGGCCUUUCAAGAGCCGAGUGGAUGAGAACAGCCUCUUCCUCACGUGGCCAGAUGGACACAUCACACGGUACACUCUCACAUGGCUGGCCCAGAACAGCUACGAGGGCCAGAAGAGAAGCGCGGUGCAACCUCGUGUCCUGUGGAGCGCUGAUAUCUACUCCAGCGCUCAGGUGCCCUCUGCCAGCUGGGACAAGUUCAUGAGCUGCGACGAGGAGCUGAAGAACUUCCUCAACAACUUCCUGCUUUACGGAAUUGCCUUCGUGGAAGGCGUCCCACCAACACUAGAAGCUACUGAAACGGUGACCCAAAGAGUGAGCCUCAUCAGGGAGACCAUGUAUGGGCGGAUGUGGAACUUCACUUCAGAUUUCUCUCGUGGAGAUACAGCCUACACAAAGCUGGCACUGGACCGCCACACCGACACCUCAUACUUCCAAGAACCCUGCGGCAUCCAGGUGUUUCACUGUCUGAGACAUGAAGGAACGGGGGGACGAACUCUGCUGGUGGACGCUUUCCACGCUGCUGACGCGGUCCUCCAGCGAACGCCCGAGUACUUCGAGCUGCUUUCACACGUGCCCAUCAAACACGAGUAUGUGGAGAACCUGAGUGAGCAUCGCAACCACAUGAUCGGCAUCGGCCCCGUGCUCAACGUCUAUCCGUGGAACAACGAGCUGUACAUGAUUCGGUAUAAUAACUAUGACCGUUCUGUUAUUAACACAGUCCCUCAUGAUGUGGUGCGCCGCUGGUACACGGCUCACAGACAGCUCUCCGCUGAACUCAGGAGACCAGACAAUGAGCUGUGGGUCAAACUGAAACCUGGGAAGGUUCUGUUCAUUGAUAACUGGCGUGUUCUGCACGGCAGAGAGUCGUUCACCGGCCUGCGACAGCUGUGCGGAUGUUAUCUGACGCGUGACGAUGUGCUGAACACAGCACGCUCUCUGGGUCUCCAGGCCUGAAUCCCUAAUGCUAAACUUCCCAAAUGACGGUGGUACACCAGCAUUCACCAAAAACAAGCUGAUUUCUCAAGCAUAGCGGAGGACGCUUGCUAUACAUCAGGAUCCCAACAGUAUUACUUAACAACUCAGCUCUUUUUGGAAUGAUUUUAUGAUUUGAAUAGAAUUAGUUUAUUGUAGAGGAGGAAUCUUUUGAUCCAUAACGAUUUCUUUCCACAGAAAAACAGAUGGUAGUAAUAAAGAGUUUAAUUUAAAUGAUAGAUUUUUUUUUCUUUUUUUAGAAACGGUCAGGACAUGCAGGAACUCAACAGAAUAUGGAGUGAAACGCACAUAUUUCAAAAGAGUUGUACUAUAAUGUCUGUUUUUAUGGAGUUUAUUCACACAAAUCAGAAGAUCCUUUGUUUCGCACAAUGAUUUUUGAAUCCUGGAAAUGUGUUCUCACAAAAAUGAUAAUGUCCUGAUUAUUUACUCACCAUUCAAUACACCAUCCAAGGUGUACUGUAUCUGUCUUUCUUUUUUCAGCUGAAGAGAAAUUCAAGUUUUAGAGUAAAACAUUAUAGGAUUUUUUACCAUCUAAUGCAAGUGAACGGGGCUCACUUUUGAUCUUUUUUAAUGGACCGAGAUCUAUAUCAAAGUAUUCCACAUGACCCAAGCUGACAAACAGGUUUUCUACAGUGAAAUGAUCAGUCAAUUUCAGAAAAGAAAAAAAAAUCCAGAGGCUGGCAUUGGUCCAGCUCAGAUUAAUUCACACAGUCUUGUGUGACAGACUGUAGGCAGAAAGAAAGAGCAGUGUCCUAAAGUUGAAAGAGAUUUAAAGUCAUGAAUUAAACUGAUACUGUGAACCGAUCCUCUAAACGGUUGUAAAUGGAAGGUAUUUCUGUGGGUUUGUGCCUUAACAGUGAUGUGGGAGUGCAUGGUUGAGAUAAUAUUAAAGAUCUCACAAAGCUUAAAUUUAAAACUGUAUUGCAUUAAUCUGAGCUUUUUUUGGAAUCUGUGGCCUUUUAACAUUCUGUAUCCAAUAUAAAAUGAUCUCAUAUGUAUGUACGCACAAAAUACCAAUGGUACCUCUGGAAAAUAAAU